CUGCGCCGAGCUGGCCAUUGCUUAUCAGUUGCUAGGGUUGCCUGCAGCCGAGUAGCUCUGUCAGGACCAUGCCUGACAGGGACAGAUUUCAUGGUCAGCAGAGGCUACUAGGCUUGAAUGAAAGAAGCAGGGCAGAUGCAAAAUCUGGAGAGUGUGGGCGCUGGGCGGUCAGUCAGCACCCAGACUGGCAGCAUGACGGGUCAAAUACCAAGGCUUUCUAAAGUCAACCUCUUCACUCUGCUCAGUCUGUGGAUGGAGCUCUUUCCAGGAGUAGAGGCCCAAAGGCAAAAAUCUCAGAAAAAUGAAGAGGGAAAGUGUGGACCAUCAGGAGAUAAUGAAGAGAUGGCCAAUGUAUCUACUGACAAAAAACAGGUGAAGAAAACUGGUCUUGUAGUGGUGAAAAACAUGAAAAUUGUUGGUCUCCAUUGUUCUAGUGAAGAUUUACAUGCUGGGCAAAUUGCUCUAAUUAAACAUGGGUCAAGGCUGAAAAACUGUGAUCUUUAUUUUUCCAGAAAACCAUGUUCUGCGUGUUUGAAAAUGAUUGUAAAUGCUGGAGUUAACCGAAUUUCAUAUUGGCCUGCUGAUCCAGAAAUAAGCUUGCUUACUGAGGCUUCUACUUCUGAAGAUGCAAAAUUAGAUGCCAAAGCAGUGGAAAGAUUGAAGUCAAACAGCCGAGCCCAUGUGUGUGUGUUACUCCAGCCUUUGGUGUGUUAUAUGGUGCAGUUUGUAGAGGAGACUUCUUACAAAUGUGACUUUAUUCAAAAAAUUACAAAAACAGUGCCAGAUGCUAACAUUGACUUUUAUUCUGAAUGUAAACAAGAAAGAAUAAAAGAAUAUGAAAUGGUCUUUUUGGUUUCAAAUGAAGAAAAGCAUAAGCAAAUACUGAUGACUAUAGGUCUGGAGAACCUGUGUGAAAAUCCAUACUUUAGCAAUUUAAGGGAAAACAUGAAAGACCUUAUCCUACUUUUGGCCACAGUAGCUUCCAGUGUCCCCAGCUUUAAACACUUCGGAUUCUACUGUAGCAAUCCAGAACAGACUAAUGAAAGUCACAAUCAAAGUUUGCCACAAGAAAUUGCAAGGCACUGCAUGAUUCAGGCCAGGUUAUUGGCAUAUCGAACUGAGGAUCAUAAAACAGGAGUUGGAGCAGUCAUUUGGGCAGAAGAGAAAUCUAGAAGUUGUGAUGGAACUGGUGCUAUGUACUUCAUAGGCUGCGGUUACAAUGCCUUCCCUGUCGGAUCUGAAUAUGCUGACUUCCCUCAUAUGGACGACAAGCAGAAAGACAGAGAAAUAAGGAAGUUCAGAUACAUUGUACAUGCGGAACAGAAUGCCUUGACAUUUAGGUGUCAAGAAAUAAAGCCAGAAGAAAGAAGCAUGAUUUUUGUGACCAAGUGCCCAUGUGAUGAAUGUGUACCCUUAAUUAAAGGUGCAGGCAUAAAACAAAUCUAUGCAGGGGAUGUAGAUGUUGGAAGAAAGAAAGCAGACAUCUCUUACAUGAGGUUUGCUGAACUUGAAGGUGUUAGCAAAUUUACAUGGCAGCGGAAUCCAUCUGAAGUUUAUGGUCUUGACAAAAAUGAGCCUGAAAGGAAAGACAAUGGUGUGUUGAGAGCCACGCCUGUGAAUGAAGAGCAGCACCGCAGCAAGAAGCUGCGCCUGGAAAAGCAUGCGGAGGGCCUGUCCAUGAUGCAAUGACAGCCCUGGGAACACUUCUGCAAUACAGCCUUGUGAACUCAGAAAAUAAGGGAAGAUUUUGUGAAUCACUGAAAGGUUUUUUAGGAUAUGUUAUUGAGACUAUUUUAAUUCUAGAUUUAUUUAUGUAUUUUCCAGAAUAUGGCAGUGUAUUCCUUUAUUAUACUAAAUGAGAUAGCAAUAAUUUAAGGAAACCAAUCUACUUACCAACAGAGGCAGAUUUCUACUGAUCUCGAGUUUAUACAACAGGUUUAAAAGGGCUGGUUCACUGGAGGUCACACCUGAAGAUGGAAUUAUGCAUCUUUUGAGAAAUGUUAAUUCCUUUGGAUUACAAGGGUGACAGUAAACUGCUUCAGGAAACAAAGAACAAUCUGGUCAUCUUUUAAGAGUCCAUGUAUAGCUAACCAAAAGGUCACAUUUCUAUCCAAAUCUUUCUAGUAGUCAGAAUUCACUUAAUUAGGACUGACUUAUAAAGUUGGUGGACCUGGUCUCCAUUUUAAAAGUAUAUUUUUUCAAAAGUUAAUCUCUUGGCCUGGGAGUGUAAAUCAGUAGAAUGCUUGCCCAGUAUAUGCAAGGCCCUGGAUUCAAGUCCCAGCACCACAAAAAUAAAAUAAAAUGUUAAUUUAUCUUAAAUAUUUCAGUAAAUAGAUUCACAAUGAUUUGUUGGACUAGGGCCCAGUUAUGUCACUGACUUUUGAUAAUGAUAGGAAGAGAAUAUUAUUCUGAGGCAGUAUUGCUGUUUGAUAUCACUGCCACAUGAGAUCACUAACAGUGACCUUCAAAGUUGAUCAUGAUGUCACAGAAAAGAAAUAUUUGAGUGUGGAAUAUUGAAACCAACAUUUUUAGAAUUUCAUUAAUAAAUCUUCCUCUCAUAUAAUUUUCCCUUUCCUAUUAUUAACAUGGUUUUGACCUUUAAAAAGAAGGCCUUUUAAGAACCUUUGUAACCUUAAGAAUACUGAAAGUAGGCUGGAGAUUUAGCUCAGUGGUGCCGCCACCUGCCCCGAAAGCGCAAGGGUCUGAUUUUGAUCCCCAGUACCAAGAAAAAAAAAGAAAAGAAUAUUGAAAGUCUUCAAAGUAAACAGAUCUAUUCCAAAUUGCUCUUUGUAAUUUUUCUCAUUUUGAUUUGCUGAGAAACUUUCAGAAAAUUAGUCCAAAAAUGAACAUAUGUUCUAUACUUUCCUAGGGUUAUGGAGGGAGGCCACAGACCUGGGGAAUGAUGUGUCAUGCGAAACAGCUCCCCUACCUCUGUGGAGGUAGUUAUUUGCCUUUUCUUUUGUCCCCUUUUUACAACAUCAUGUGGCCUCAAGGGGCCUGCUACAAGUGUUUCAGAGUUACAUAGAGGGUAAUCUAAAUGUUGACCAGAUGUCCUGGCUUACACAGCACCCUGGUGGGAUUUCAGAGUCAUCAUAUGCCACACAGUUGAGAACUGCCAUAAAUAUUUACACAGAUGUGGGCCAUGGAAUAGGCGGGGGGUGGGGUACGUGCAAGAGAAGUACCUUGGAGAUAACUAAUGUUAAUUUGGAAACCACUAGUUAAGAUAUACUUUUUUUUUUAUCAACAUAAACCUUCUAAGAUUGCUUAUUUCCCAAAUUGCUUUAUUUAUACAUGCUUAAAUUCUUGAAUUCAUUAUUUUUACCAAUAUUUCGUCUAUGCCAAAUAUCUUAUAAAUCCAUCAGCAAAUAUUUUGUAAGACUCCAAAGCCUGAUAUAUACUGCCAGAUUUGUGGUUUUACAUAUUGACUGUUGGAAUGGGAUAUAAGAAGGGAGAAGUAUACAACUGGGAAAACUAUGAUUAGGAAAUGGAAGAUUAAUAUUUCCAUAGUAUUAUUUAAAUGGUCAUGUUAAUGCCAUUUUUCUUCUGUACAACUUGUUCAGUAAAUUCACUAGGUAGCACCAGAAGGUAAGUUCUAUGAAGGCAUAGAGAUUUUAUAUAUACAGUGAAGUCUGUACAAAAUACUCAUUUAACUGCCUACAGUGGUACCUUGGUUCCUGAACUCAAUCCUUUCCACAAUCCUGGUCCUAAACUGAACUAGAUGAGAACCGAAUCAAAUUUCCCCAUAGGGUCAACAUUGAACCUGACCAUUGAAUUUGAUUCAGUUCUUAUCCAACUUGGUUUGCAGUCAGAAUCAUGCAAAGAGUCAAGUUCAUGAGCUGAGGUACCACCUAAUCCCAGGGCCUGGAACAUAAUAAGCACUCAGUAUAUAUUUGUUGAUUUAUUGAUUGAUUGCUAGACACCAGCUAGUCCCUGGGGAUGAGCUAUGUAAGAAAUGCCCUAAUUUCUGAUCUUAAGACAUUCGGUCCAGUGGAGGAUACAAGCAUAAUAAUAGAGAAAUGAUUCUGAGCACAGUCCCUGGCUCUGCAGCAUCAGAAUCAGAAGGGUAUUUGUUAGACUUGCACCUUCUUGGGACCCACCCCAGACCUAUUGAAUCAGAACCUCUGUGUCCAUCCAGCAAGCUGGGUUUUCACUGGCCCUCGGGGGAUUCUCAUGAUCUUGAAGUCUCAUGUAACUGUAGGAACAGUGGUGGCGCAAAAGGACUAUGAACACUCUUAGAAGCCAAAGUGCUAAAGUGGGUCCUGAAGGGGGGUCAGGGUUUGCCAAGCAAACAGCAGUAAUGCAGUGAACUGAGAAAGCUGUGGAAACAUAUGGCCACCCUGCAGGUGGGAAAGGAAAAUGGCUGGGCAGCACACAAUAGGUGUGCAGCCCAGAGCCCAGAGCCCAGAGCCCACCUGGGUUUGAAGAAGCUAUGUAUGGCAACUCAUCUGCAAAUGCCUAGUCAAAAGGCUUCAUCCCUUAGCUGGAGAAAUCAACAUGUACAUUUAAACAAAAAACACAGUGCCUUCCCUAAUUUCCAAGGUAGGGACAAUAAUGGCAAAUUCAUAAUCUGUAAAGAAUAAUUCUACUAGAGGGGGCUAUGCACUUGCCUGGUUUAUUCCAUGUCUGUCAUGCUGAGUAAACAUAGAUUUGUGUGUUUUUAUUGUAUUACUGGUGAUACUUUUUUUAUAAAUCUGACUUUUCUGCAUGUUUUUCUUUCUCAACAUACUGAGUUUAAGAAUAUACAAUUCACUCAUAAGGCUUCCUCUUUUUAUGCAUAAACAGUUCUGCCGUGGGAUCAGCCACAGCCAUAUUUUACAUAUUUUACAGCCACUUUUGACAUAUUUUAGAGCGAGUGGAAUUGAACGCCAGUUUUAAGAGUCCUUGUAUUGCCAAUAGUGGCCACCUGGUGUUGAGUUAUGAUAGUUACUGCUGUGUUUUGGGACUAAAGUUAGGAUUUUCAUCUCACGUGUAACAUUCCUGAAGUCUUGUGAUCUUUUUGCUGUCAUUUAAAAUUACAAAGUAUUGCCAGGCAUCAUGGGGAACAUCUAUAAUCCCAGCACUUGGGAGGCUGAGGCAGGAGAAUCACAGUGAGUUUGAGGCCAGCCUGGACUACACAGUGAGACCCCGUCUUAAAAAAACAAAUUAAAUAAGUAAGUAAAUAAAUAAAAUUGCAAAGUAUCGGAGACGUAUAAAAAGGUACAAACAUAGUUGUAAGAAAUCCUUUGAACCUAACAUGCAGAAUUAAUAUAUGUUACCAUUUGGACUAAAUUACAAUAUGAUUAUGUAAUUUAGACCCCAAUUUUGAGAUCUGAGGUGGAGCCUUAUUCUACACCUUUUCUGCAUUUGCUCCCAAGGGCACCUCCUGGAUUUCUGAAAGGACAUCCACGCUCACUACAGGGCCACAGGAUCACAGCCUAGCCCUAGACCCUGGAGGACCAUUCCUGAGAGAGCUCCCAUUAUGCCUCCUCCUAGGAGAUUCUUUUGAGCCAGUUUGUUCUACUUUGUUCCAUUUUGUCUCUCAAAUUUCUUUCUAAUAUUUUGUGAUAACUUUCAUAAGAGGCAAAGAUAACCAGUUGCUCUAACACGGAGCAACCUAGUUCUGGUUGGCAGGGGAAGUUUUUCGGGCUGGAGGUUUUGAGGAAUUUCUGACUCUGCCUGAACAGGCCCUCAGUCAGGUGCAUUGGGCCUGCUGCAGAAACUGGGAAAUAUCCUCACUUGAGCUGGGGAGGUCUGCUUUACCGCCUAAGAAGAAGAUUCUGAAUGGGACAACCAAAACCGCCCCAGUUGAAAGCCAUUAUGAGUAAAUAUUUUCUUAAAAAAAUAGACUUAAGGACCAUCUUACUGAGUAUAACUAUGGCAGCAAUGGCUUUUUAUGAUCAGAUAUCAAAACUUGAGAAUGAUAGAUUUCACUAUAUGAUCUUUAAAAAGACUUUUAAAAAUUAGGUUUAUCCCACCAUGGUGGCAUGUGCCAGCUACUCCAGAGGCUGAGACAGGUGAACUGGAAGUUUAAGGGUAGCCUGGGCAACUUAGUAAGAACAUGUCUCAAAAUUUUAAAAAAUAAAAAGGGCUACAAAUGUAGCUCAGCGAUAGAGCACUUACCUAACAUGUGUGCAUCCUAGAUUUGAUCCCAACACUGCAAAAAUAUUUUUUAAAACUGAAAAUGAUUUUCAAAAUAUUGAUGUUGCUUGAUUUAGACUCUUACAACAUUUCGAAAUAGUAUUUUUAGUGUGCAACAUUGUCAGAGAAAAACAGUGAGAAGACAUUGGAAAUUGAAAAGAGCUAAUAAGACCAUUAGUUAUUGAAGAAAUCUUUCCACCUUUCUGAACUCAGAUUGUCUCCAGAUCUGUCAAAAACAAUGUGCCAAACAGAUGAGCUCUAAACUCCUUUGAAAUCUGAGUCUACUUAAAUGUAAUUCAUUAAACAUAGUAAUGUUUUUAUUUUCUAGUUCCUAAAUUAAAUUAUGCAUUGGACAUUUCA